AUGCGAAAAAUGUGUCAGUCUCAUACAGUCCAGAAAAAAGAAUCAGAUGAGGAUGAAUUUGGAGCCUUAAAUGAUACAACCCUCGGAUGGAAAGCUGAUAAGCCAUCUGACUUCGAUAUAAAGGGUAACUCUAAACAUAUCAUCGAAUCAUUGGGAUGGUUUAUGGAUGUGACAGUCAGUAUAAAAGAUAAGGAUGGUAAAACAGUUACAGCUACUGGAAAUUUCCCACGUAUUGAUAAUGGUGAACCUGAACCAAUGUUAUGUUUAGGUAUGACAUGGAUUCGAAAAGUUCAAGGUAUUCUUGACCCAAAUAAAAACCAAUUCCGAAUGAAGUUACAUGGUAAGUCUUACAUUAUCCCAACAUUCAGCAAGAACCCCAUAGCAAAGAAAUCACCAAAAGAUACAGAGUCAUCAAAAACAUUGGAUUCCGAUUCAUCUAGUGAAGAGUUAAAAAAAAUGCGUAAAUUGUGA